AACACGAGGAGCUCUGGACCAAUGGGGAGGGAGCACCAGCUGAUGGGCGGGAGCAGGAGGAAGAGAUGAGGUUCCCAAUCAUCGCUGUUCGGGUGAAGAGGGAAGAUGAAGAAGAGAGUCCUCACAGCCAAACUGAAGACAGCAGCUCUAUUCAACCGAUAAAAACAGAAAGUGAUGAAAGUAACUGUGGAGAACCAGAACCAGCCAGUAACCUGGAUCCAAACCACCACAAACAACUAGAUACUGCUGAGGAGGCUCCAGGUGUCUGUGAGAUUGAGGACAGCUUUGAUGGUGGUGACCGGGAGGAAUCUUUCUCAGUUUCUGGGCCUUCAAACGAAGACACUGACGGCAGUUUGAAGGACAGCAUGAGAGUGCACAUGGGGGAGAAACCCUACGGAUGUGAUGCAUGUGGGAAAAGGUUUACGCUUCAGUACAGCUUUAAAAGACACAUGCGUGUGCACACGGGAGAGAAACAGUUUGGCUGUGACGACUGUGGGAAAACAUUUCGUUGCAAAACCCAUCUGAAGCGACACAUGAGAGUUCACACAGGGGAGAGACCGUUCGGUUGUAGCGUGUGUGGGGAAAGGUUCACAGAACAGGGCGCUCUGAAACGACACACCAGAGUGCACACUGGAGAGAGACCCUUUGGUUGCACUGUGUGUGGGGAAAGAUUUGCAGAGCAGGGCGUUCUGAAGAGACACAUAAGAGUUCACACGGGAGAGAAACCGUUUAGUUGUGAUGUCUGUGGGAAACGAUUCAGACAGCAGAAUACGUUGAAAAGACACACAAACGUCCACACAGGAGAGAAACCGUAUGGCUGUGAUGUGUGUGGGAAAGUGUUUAGAGAGCAGACUACGCUCAAAAGACACACUGUUGUUCACACAGGAAAGAAACCAUUUUGCUGUGGUGUUUGUGGAGAAAGAUUCACUCGACAGGGAAAUCUGAAGAGACACAUGAAAGGUCACACAUGAGAGAAACUCUUCCACUGAAGGAUUUGUCUUUAACCCUCUGGGGUCGCCGGACGCGCCGGCGCGUCAA